CAGUGCUUCUCUGAAAUGUAACCUCACUUUUGAAGAACUUGACUCCUCUGCAGACCUCAUACAACAUACAAACAAAGAUGCUUGGAGCUUUGACUUCUCUUCUCGUCGGCUCUCUGCUGCAGGGUGUCCUGUGUGGAGAGUGGAGUUCCUUUAUGCCACAAUCUGUAGAAGUUGUGAAAGGAUCCUGUGUCACCAUCCCCUGCUCCUUUGACAUAGCGAAUGGCUUUGACACAAACCUAAACAAUGAAUGUGAAGCAAUAUGGAAGAAUACAGCAAAUGAUCCAAAGUUAACUACAACUAAAGCAAUGACAGGAGACUUAACAAAGAAAGACUGCACCUCAACCUUCGAUAAUAUUACUCCUGAUUACAGCGACCAGUAUUUCUUCAGACUGGAGUGUCCAAAUCCACUGAUAAUGAGUUUUACAGGAACUCGUGUGCGUAUAGUAGUUACAGAUGUUCCUCCCACACCGACCCUGACUCAGUCUCCUCUGGAGGUGAAGGAGGGAUCCUCAGUGAGUCUGACCUGCUCUGCUCCGGCUCCCUGUUGGACUCAUCCUCCAACUCUGACAUGGACCCCCAGUCUGGGUGACGCUCNCAGAGCCCCAAGACAAACAAAGAUGCUUGGAGCUUUGACUUCUCUUCUCGUCGGCUCUCUGCUGCAGGGUGUCCUGUGUGGACAGUGGAGUUCCUUUAUGCCACAAUCUGUAGAAGUUGUGAAAGGAUCCUGUGUGACCAUCCCCUGCUCCUUUGACAUAGAGAGUGAAUAUGACCCAUACCUAAUUAAUAAAUGUGAAGCAAAAUGGAGGAAGAAAGAUAGCGAAACCGAGAUCGCUGCUAAAUAUCAGAUGGAAGGAGACUUAACAAAGAAAGACUGCACCUCGACCUUCAAUAAUAUGAUUGUUAAUAACAGCAACCAGUAUAUCUUCAGAUUGGAGUGUCCAAAUUCACUGAAAUGGAAUUAUAAAGAAAGAUUUGUACAUAUGACAGUUAAAGGU